AUCAGGCUUGGAUAUUGAGGAAGGAUCCACUGCUCUGCUGCUGCCUCUGCUGCCUCUGCUGCUGCCUCUGCUGCUCGUUGUGUAUAUGUAUAUGUGUGUGUCUGUGUGGGUGUGUGUGUGUGUGUGCGUGGAAGCCUGAUGAAAUGAAAUGCCAGGAUUGGGCUACCUCCAGGGAGAGCCUCUCCAGCCUAUAAUGUGAGCCAGCCAGCAGCACUGUUGGAUCAGGGAGAAGCUGCAUCCAUCAAGCGACGGGCCUCCUGAGGACCAGGCGUGAUCCAACGGGAGGGGAGAUUUAAAAAAAAAUUCUUCUUCUCUGCUGUUGAGAGAAGGGAUUGUCGUCAUAUUCCCAUCCAUCCUUUUUUUUUCUCUGUGGUGCCCCCUCCUUCCUCCUCCGCCUCCACUCUCAUUUUUUCCCCCUCAUUCUUCUAGAGGCGCUCGUUGGAAUAUCAAACCUCCAUGUAUGACAAUUUGUACCUGCAUGGAUUUGAAGACUCGGAGGCGGGCUCAGCUGAUUCAUAUACUAGCAGACCAUCAGACUCAGAUGUCUCUCUGGAGGAAGAGCGGGAGGUGCAGGCCCAGGUCCAGAGCCAGAGCCCAAGCCAGAGCCAAGGACCGGGACAGAGCCGACAGGAGAGGGAGCAGCAGGCCGCCAUUCAACUGGAGAGAGCCAAGACUAAACCUGUGGCAUUUGCUGUAAGGACCAAUGUCAGCUAUUGUGGCGCACUGGAUGAGGAUGUUCCAGUACCAGCCACAGCCAUCUCCUUUGACGCCAAGGAUUUCCUCCACAUAAAAGAGAAGUUCAACAAUGACUGGUGGAUCGGUCGGUUAGUGAAGGAGGGCUGUGAGAUCGGCUUCAUCCCCAGCCCUCUGAAGCUCGAGAACAUCCGGCUCCAGCAGGAGCAAAAGAGAGGACGAGUCCAAGGUAAGUCUGGAGGGAACUCUUCUUCCAGUGUAGAGGAUGAGGUAUCUGCCUCUAUCCGCCCUCUCAUAUCCUCGGCAGGAAAGCAGAAACAGAAAGUGACGGAGCACGUCCCCCCGUAUGAUGUGGUUCCCUCCAUGAGGCCUGUAGUGCUUGUGGGACCCUCCCUCAAAGGUUAUGAGGUAACAGACAUGAUGCAGAAAGCACUGUUCGACUUCCUCAAGCACAGAUUUGAUGGCAGGAUAUCUAUCACACGGGUCACGGCAGAUAUAUCAUUAGCCAAGAGGUCUGUUCUCAACAACCCCAGUAAGAGGGCCAUCAUUGAAAGAUCCAACACUCGCUCCAGCUUAGCUGAGGUGCAAAGUGAGAUUGAGAGGAUCUUUGAGUUGGCCCGCUCCCUGCAGCUGGUGGUGCUGGACGCUGACACCAUCAACCACCCAGCCCAGCUCCUCAAGACCUCCCUGGCCCCCAUCAUUGUUCAUGUUAAAGUCUCCUCGCCAAAGGUUCUGCAGAGGCUAGUCAAAUCCAGAGGGAAGUCCCAGAGCAAACACCUGAAUGUGCAGCUUGUAGCAGCUGACAAAUUGGCCCAGUGUCCUCCAGAAAUGUUUGACAUCAUUCUGGACGAGAACCAGCUGGAGGACGCCUGUGAGCAUCUCGCUGAAUACCUUGAGGCCUACUGGAAAGCAACCCAUACCUCGAUGGCGACGCCCUUAAACCCCUUGCUGGGACGCAACCUGGGCCCCACCACCCUCACCCCUUACCCCACCAGCAUCUCUGGACUGCAGAUGAGCAAAACUACACAGAGCCAAAGAAUGCGACAGAGCAACCACACGGGAGACCAUUCUACCCCGAAUGAACGGCGCAACCUGAUGACAUCAGACGAAAAUUACCACAACGAGCGAGCGCACAAGGGACGCAACCGCAUGUCUUCUGGCUCACAGCAUAGCCGGGAGCAGCAGGACCCCUACCAGGACUACCAGGACCCCUAUCAGGAUGCAUACAAGCCACAUCGCAAUCGCAGUUCACCGGGCAGCUACAGCCAUGACUCCCGGCACCGGCUCUGAGCCCACUUCUGUCAUCACCAGGGCCCAAAUGGUCCAGAUUCCACCCAAAAUAAACGCUGCAACAGAGCCAAAAUGGUCCCAAAUUGUACCCUUUUGUUUCGGUUUGCGUUAAUUUGUUUUGUCUACCUGGCUAUUUUUCACUUUAAAAGUCCAACAAAAUCCUGUUCAGGUGUUUGUUUGUAAUGAAGCUGCCAGGGUAACCCCCGUCAAUCAACAGCGUGUGUAGUCGAGAGGUUCAGGAUGCCAACAUUAACUAAUGCUGUAAAAUGAAUUCCUUUAAUUUAUGUUUCUGGGACCUUUUGGGAUUGUACUAACACAAUACUCAGCAGAUGUGCAGCGCAGAUUGUGCUUGUUGCCCGUGUCAGCAAGCUAAUUAUGGAUAGUGGUCAGAUGGUGAUGGUGUAUGGGCUUCUAAGUGCCUGGGACAUCGCACCAAGUCGGAGGGAAGUCCACCGCACACAGACUGCUGAAGGCUGCUGACCCCUACCCUGGACCAUGUAUAAAUCCGCUCACCAUUUAGCUUAUUGCAUGCUGAUAGAUGAUCAACCUCCGCAUCCACUUCAUUGAUAUUUUGUACCUAGCAUUCUGGAUUCUCCCAUGUUGAGAUGUAGAUACAGAGGUCCAAUUUUCUAAAUCACCUGAUUGUGUGGAUAGGCGGUAGGCGGUGGGUUUGUGUGGGGGUGUGCAGAUGAUAUCUGGCUGCUAGUUUUGAAAACUGGUGCUUCACAUUCCCAAACUAUUUUGCUAUUUGAAAGUCACUUUGAGCAAGGCCAGCUUUUCUGUAGCAUAGCUUUAGGAUUUCAUUUGGGUGAAGACCCUCACCGUCAUAAGCGGAGCAGAUUCUGAUGGUGCUGGGAUCAGAUCUCAGUUGGAGGUUGCCUUCUGUGGGAGAAGGCAAUACUGCUUCUGUUCUUAACAGCUAGCACUUGCAGAGUUAGAGAAGUAAGAAGCAAUAGCUGUGAGAGUCUGUCAGAUAGUGAAAUACAAUAGCAAAAUACUACUUGAGAUACCAUUUGAGGUGUGGACCAGCAUAAAAAACAAUUCUGUGUGAACCUUUUGAGCAGUUUGGGAUGUUCUGUCUGAUAUUUUUGGCCCUGCCAGCAUGAAGAAUAGGAAUUGGAACAGUUUUUCAGUUUGAUAGACCUAAAAGAGCAUCUCCUGCUGAAAUUACAGGUUGUUUUGCAUUUAAUAGCAUUGAAAUCAAUGUUGUAUAACAUUAAAACAAAGGUACAGAUGUUGGUUGGUUAGUCUUGCGAUUGGUUCAUGGCCAUCAAAGUUCCUUCCUGUGGUUUUAGGGGAUUAAAGCAUUAAAAAUGUGACAUGGCAGGAUCGGUUGCAUCAUGUUCAUUCUCUGUGUAGCUGGCAUGUUGUCCUGACUGCAGAGCAUGUUCCUUCCAAACGUAAAAUAGAACCCUACUUUUAUCAAGUUGAUGUUUGUAGACGUAUAGGGCACCUUUCUCCAAAAAAAGAAGAAAAAAAGAAAAGAAAAAGAUGCCCCAAAUUACAGAUGAAUGAUAUCACUGGAUCCAUGAGGUUUGUAACUCACAGUAACUCAGUACACUGAAAUAGCUAACAGAAGACUUUAAGUAUUGGUUUAUGUCAUUCUGAAAGUUUAAAGUGUUUUAGUGGGUUGCAUGACUCAAAAGUGGAGCCACCAUAAUGAUAACAGCUUCUAUUAAUUCAGAAUUAUGGUUUAAGGUAGAAAGUGCACUGAAACAGUUGUCUUAACAGUGAUAAAACUCCAACCCCAGCCCUCACAAAAGGUUCAGUUGAGAUAACAUAAUGGUGCUUCGUAUGGAAGCAGAGAGCUGCUGUGGUUGCUAAUAAUGUUUUUGUCAUUAUUAUAAUAUACUGUACAUAUCUUAUUCUUUUAAGAUAUCAAAUUAUCUUGUGAUUACAACUUAAUUAUCUCAUCUCAAGGUAACAAACAGUUCUAGCUAGCCAAUUUUUAGCCAAUUAAUAAUACAUUUACAUUAAAUUAAAAAAGAAAACUAUCACAGGAUAAUGGUCUUCCGUACUUUAUAGCCUAUCCACAAAGUCAUUCCUCUCACCUUUGAGAGAAAGAGGUCUCAGGAAAAAGUAAGCAGCAUUUGUUAACUUGAAAUAAUGAGAUAGUUAAGUUGUUAUCUUGGCGUGACAAAAAUAUAGUAAUUACAAAAACCACAAGAACAUAAAUUGUUAUCUGAACAGUUUGUCAUCUUGAGAUAAUACAGUAAUGGGACUUUUUGGCUACUUGAGGCUUCCGUAGGUUUUGGACAGGGAGGUCUUUCUGGAAAGACGAAAACUGAGUAAAGUGUGUCAUCUGAUUCAUGUGUUCUCCUGGCAGCGUGUCUUUGUUUUGUCCUCGAUGCACCUAAGAGGCGUGAAGAAGGAUAAUGUGCUGUAUAAUGAUAAACAAGCUUAUCCUCAAUUCAGAAAGCUUGUUAGUUUGCUUUCUAAUGCCACAAAAUGUUAAUAUCCACAAACAGAUCUAAUUGUUAAUUUCUUUACUGGUAUGGAGGACCAAACCUGACAUAAAUGAACUAAUUAAAAUCUAGAAAUCAAUAAAUUAUUUAAAGUAAAUGAACAAAUAAGUUAUAUUUACUCAAUAAAGAAUUUUAAAAUUUGAUCUACAAAAUGUACAGACAAAUAAAUGUGUGAUAAGUUAUAUUCACAUUAUUUUGUUGAUCUUUUAUUAAUUUUUUUUUUAAUACAUUUUUUUUAACUAUUUAUUCAUUCCUUCAAUCGAUCUCACCAAAAACACACUGCCAGGGAAUAUAUAUUCUUUAAGGAAAAGAAAUCACGGUGAAACAAGUGAUUUUUUCCCCGAUGUGCUCUCUGUUAUCAGAUAUGUACAGUAUAACAGACCAUAUUUGUCAGAAGAAUUUUCUUUGGCAUGUUUAGACAAAUGUUGAAGCUACUUUUAACAUUUAGACCCCUUCCCUUCUGACAAAAACGAUGUACAGUAGUGACCGCUGCAGCACCAGAUUAGCUUGGUGCCUUAAAAACAGUGAAUGAACCUCUAACAUGCUCAGAAAAUAAAUACUGGCUCAAUAGAGGAUCCAUUCCCUUAAAUAUAAUGAGUUGUAAUGAUUUUGAUGAUGUUGUCUUGAUCUAUACAGAGUGCUAUUUAAACAGUUAAGGUUUGAAUAACAAAUCAAAAACUGCUUUAAAAAGAACAAAAGAUAAGUUGGGAGUUGCUGCUUUUAGGGUCAUUUCCAUUUUUGAAUUCUAACAUCUCUAAUGGUCUAUCAUAAAUUAGUAGAAACAUGCUCAGUGUGUUAAAGAGCAACUCCACACUACAGUAUAUCUUUCCUUCCUCCAUGAAGGAAAAUGUUGCUGCAAGGUUCAUGUCUGUUGUACUUUUGACCCAAUAGCACAGUUUGGUGUGGUCAGUAUGUGUCAUCAGUAUGUUUGACCCCAGCUAACUGUAGGAUUAUGAACCUGGGUGUAGUUACUCUUUAAAUCAAUCGUAUCACCAGACAAGAACAUUGAUAUCGGACGAUUCUGCAAAACCCCAGAUAAUGACAACAAUUUUUUAUGUUCAAUGCCAACGUUUUAAUCCACACAAAAACUUAAGUAAAAACGGCAAGCAGGGCGCAAUAACAUCUUGAAGUCUUGUUGUUACGGGAGGUUACCAGGCAACCAGCAGAGGGACUUCAGGAAGUUAAUACCUCGCCAAAAGAAUAGUCCAGCACAUGUACAGAUUAAAUAAUGGAUAUAUAUUAUAUAAAGUGUUAAUCACUCUGGCUGCCCUGCCAACAACGCUGUCGAAAGAUUCGUGGACGUUGUAUUGUUUUUAGCAAAUGAAUUACAUUCCCGUGGAAAAAAAAAUUGCAAAAAGCAAAUUUUGCCUAUAGUGUUGUGCUUCUUAUCAAAUUCACAUCACUAUGGAUCAUCCAUCGUUACCGACUGAUUUGCAGCAGCAACACUGUUUUGCAUGCUUUGGCGCUGAAGUUAGCAUGCAGUUCCCUCCUAUUUUCAGAAAAUAUAUAAUGCACUUCACUAACUCACCAGGAACACUAACAAUGUCAGACACCUUGGUCCAUGCAUUUUUUUUUUUUUGUAACUACGCAAACGGACACAUCGUAGAUGAUUGGGAAACCCGCCACAGCAAUUAUCAGCCUCUCCUCCCUUUUGCUUGGGGACUAAUGUUUGGUCGGAACCAAAGUUUACACGAUUGUCUUCUCUAGAAUUAUCUUGAGCAGAGGACUUCUUAAUUCCGAUUGGUUGCCACCAAUCUGCGUCAUAGCUCAUUACCAUAAAGUUGCCCGGACUUCAACUUUCCUCGACACUCACACCGUCCAAGAUGCUCCGUGCCGCUGCUUGCCACCGGCUCACAUAGAAAAUGAGUCACUUUGACGCUCUCAUCGGCAGCGGUCUGAACGCACAGUUAGAGGUGCUGCUAGGUGGAUUUAGCUACUUUCAGACAGAGCCAGGCUAACUAUUUCCCUCUGUUUCCAGUCUUUAUACUAAGCUAAGCUAACAGGCUGCUGGCUUUAGCCUUAUAUUUCACACAUAACAGUGAAAGUAAUAUCAAUCUUCUCAUCUAGCAAAUAACUGCCUUAACUAAAACAUUUGGUUAAGAUUAGGGAAGGAUUGUGGUUAUGGUUUUUAGAAAAGAAAAUGUUAAUUGUAGGUUUGUGACAGAACAAGGACUCUGGUCUCCUAUAUAAAAGUCGGAGGUUAUACAUGACCUCCACACCCUUACUUUUCCCGUCACGUAAAGGGCACACUACUUCCUGCAUUGGCACUGAACGUGCAGAAUUGUCCAAUAUGAAUGUAACUGGGGUUCCUAGCAGGCAGGUCUUGAUAAUAUGUACUUCGAUUUCUAUGUAAACUGUUCAGGAGGAACGUCUUGAAAGUGCACCAUCUUUUACUGUCACGCUGUGUAACUAAUUCGUUAUUUGAAUCUUCAGAAAGUAAACGUAAAUUCUGUCCUAUAUACGAGAUAUAUGACUAUCCCCAAGAAUUGUACAGCCUGACACUAUUUCAAAAUGUCUUGAAGGGACCUCAUUUGCAAGGCCUAAUUAGAGCAACUUUCAAAGGAGAUCAUGGCCGAACACCACACUCCUCUUUUUUAUACCCUGACAACAACUAAAGUCUGACCUGACAUUAAAUACUGAGCAAAUGUUUUUCUGUGGUGCAGAGCAGCUCUUAAUUUAUUGAUUUAAAUGCAGAAUAAGGUGUAAGGUAUUUUCUCUUAAUACAUCACUUUGUAUAGAUCAGGAUGAAAGGGGGAGAAUAAUUUUGAAAAACUUGUAUAGCACAAAGUAAUGAGCAAAAAACUAAGGUGUUUUUGAGCAACUGUUUGUACAAUGUGAAUCUAGAAUAAGGGCACAGAUUAUUUCCAGAAUCAGUUGAUUUCUUUGCCCACAUUCCCUGUUAAUCUCUUUGUUGCACACUGUUUGUUAAUGGACUGAAAUAUCAAGACUGCAAAUGAAAAACGUGUUUUAAUGCUACUGUUUAUAAGCACGCUUAUCCGUCUCAUUCUGCCCCAUAGCAUUAAUCUCAUUGGUUGAUUGAACAGUGAGCCAUUUUCCAUUCAAAAUCAAACCAACCAAUGUUGAGCUGGGCUGCUUGAGACAAUCAGAAGGGAUUUCCAGACCAGCGUCCCACCAUCUCUCUCUUUGUAAAUGCCCUAAAAUGAUAAGAGAUGUUUGCCCCUAUAAGUUGUGGAAUUAGAUCAGAACAAAAAUAAUGCCAUGCUCACUCACAGACCUCAAAAACAGUCCGUCCUGGCUUUCUUUUACCUUUGUUUCACCUUUACCUGCAGCCAAACUUUUGCCAAAAAUUGAACUUAUUACUAAUUUCAUUUUUCACGGAUUAAAUCUCAAGGUGACCAUAAAAUACAGAAUUUAUUGGGAAGGAUUUUCUUUGGUAAAAUGUAAAACAGAAUAGGAAAAAAAAUAAACAAAAGAAGCAAAAGAACAAAUAUUUAUUCCAGUAGAAAAGUAAUAGAUGAAUAUUUGCUGGUGAUUAUUUUUAUAACAAAUAAAUGUAUAUAAUGUCAUUGAGAGAUGCUAUUUGCUGUAUACAUGUGCUGAAAUGAGACGACGAUGACGACCCAUGUGGGACACUUGGAACAACAGCAAGGUCCAGUAUACAAAGUUUCAGUAAUUUGCAAUACAAAACGGCAUGCUGUUUUAAAAUGAGGAACUUCAUGUACUGUACUAUGCAACCGCAAACUGUGUACAUCGCUUCAUGCUGUGGCUUCUCCAACCACCCUUUUCCAAGCAGCUUCAUCUGGACUUUUAGAGGAUUUUUGUGUUUAUCUUUUUUUUUUCUGUGGAAGAUGACAACCUAAGCGGUUAAUGCGGUAUUGCAUGCAUAAUAUACCAUUCUAAUUUAUAAAAAGGAAUUAAAGAAAAAUACAUGAAAUUGGAGGUGAUUGUGUUUAAGGCAAAGCUACAAGUGACUUAAAACAUUUCUUUUUCAAAAUAAAAGUCGUUCUAAAGUUG